GGCGGGGCGAGGUAUCAAGUAGCACGCUAGAUUGAUUGCCUUUGAAUGUUAAAGGCGAAAGAGGCUGCAGAUCUUUUCUGGAGUCUGAAGUGGGUUUAUUCCCCUUUGAGAAACAGGGGUCAAGUGAAAGACAAAGGCAACAUGAGGGACGGCAGUUUGCAGGGGAAAGGAGCCAGGAGAAGGGAGAGGAGUCCCUGCGGGUCUGUGAGGCUUGCAGGCAGCGCAUUUGAAGCUUUCCGUUGCCUUUUGUUUCCUGCUGCUCUGAGCUUGAAGGAAUAGGGCUCCUCUCUCCCUGUUGCUCUCUGUCUCUCUCUCUCUCCUCCUUCUCUCACUUUCUCUGAUCACGGAGGCAUCGUUAAAAUGCAGCUGCCACUGCAGGAGACCCGUCACCUGGAAAUCUUAUGUGAGGGAGUGCCCCGCGUGUUUCAGGAAGAAGGGAGUACGGAAGAAGGGAGUACGGAGGGCUGAAGGUGACUUUUGGUUGACCUUUUGCAGAUCACCUGUGCUUCAGAUCUCAAGAUGUCUGGAGAUGGUUCGUUUAACGCUGGAGGUGAUGCUCAGCAAAGUCUCCAGUCUUUCUGGCCCAGAGUCAUGGAGGAGAUCAGAAACCUCACUGUGAAGGAUUUUAGAGUUCAAGAGCUUCCAUUAGCUCGAAUCAAGAAAAUCAUGAAGCUGGAUGAAGACGUAAAGAUGAUCAGCGCUGAAGCACCAGUUCUGUUUGCUAAAGCUGCUCAGAUAUUCAUCACAGAGCUGACACUACGAGCUUGGAUUCACACAGAGGACAACAAACGCAGGACUCUCCAGAGGAACGAUAUUGCAAUGGCCAUCACAAAGUUCGACCAGUUUGAUUUCUUGAUUGACAUCGUUCCCAGAGAUGAACUGAAGCCUCCCAAAAGACAGGAAGAAGUGCGACAGUCAGUCGCGCCCGCAGAACCCGUCCAGUAUUACUUCACUUUGGCACAGCAGCCAGGUGCUGUGCAGGUCCAGGGGCAACAGCAGGGGCAACAGAACACUGGCGCCACAGCCACCCUCCAGCAGGGGCAGAUCAUCAUCACACAGCCACAGCAGGGGCAGGUGUUACAAGGAGCAGGCGUGCAGCAGUAUCAGCAGGUGCAAGUCGCACAGCCCCAGACUACGGCAUCCUCAAUGACGAGCCAGCCUGUAACCAUGCAGGUGGGAGAGGGCCAGCAGCUACAGAUCGUGCAGGCAGGGCAGGGGCAGCAGGCACAGGCAGCCACGGGACAGACCAUGCAGGUCAUGCAGCAGAUCAUCACCAACACUGGAGAGAUCCAGCAGAUACCGGUGCAGCUGAACACAGGGCAGCUGCAGUAUAUCCGGUUAGCCCAGCCUGUAUCCGGGACACAAGUUGUUCAAGGACAGAUUCAGACACUUGCCACCAACGCACAGCAGAUAACGCAGACAGAAGUACAGCAAGGGCAACAGUUCAGCCAGUUCACCGACGGACAGCAACUCUACCAGAUCCAGCAAGUGACCAUGCCAGCAGGACAGGAGCUGAGCCAGCCCAUGUUCAUCCAGUCGACAAGCCAGGCAGCUGACGGGCAGGCCACACAGGUCACCACGGACUGAGCAGAGCCACCACAGGGAGGGGCUGUCACGCAAACUGAAGCAGGAACACACGGGUCCAGAGGCAGAAUCGGCGCUCUCUCUCCCGCUGUUUUCUGUACCAAUGUAAUUAUUGUACACAAUGUCUGCAAGUAGCCUCUGGCACGCUACACUGUCGUGUGGUUGAAACCAGAAUCUAAAACGAGUGGAAAAACAAACACACAUUGCAAAUCAAAACCAUUUUUUCAAAACAUUGUUCAAAACCCUGUCACAUUUCUUUUCAAGGAAAUGGAAGCAUUUAAUAACAUUGAAUGGUUUUGCUUGUAUUAAGGCACAGCUGGCAAUGUUAGCAAAGCUGGUAAUAUGCACAUGUUUACCGGGGUGGGGUCCCUCCCCCUUAUGCAGCAAACUGUUCUGAUCAUGUUUUGUUCGGGCCGCUCAACAUUUGUGGAUCUCCUGUGGCUCCAGGAAAGACGUGUAUAUACUCGGAGACAACGCUUUUCUGAGCAGCCUCUUUCCCUGGCUUGUGUUGGCAAACGAUCAUAGUAUUGACCUUUUUAAACCUCCUAAAAGCAUAAUAUAGUGCAGUGCCUGUCAUAAGUCCCACUCAUGUAUUCAUGUCUGCAUUUAGUCAGGGAAUCUACCUAGCCAGUUUUAAUUUUAGAAUCUGUUGGAUGCAAUGGAAUUGUUUUUCUUUCGUCGUGGAAAUAGAAAUGGGUCAUGCUUUUUUUUUUUACAGUCCAUACUAUCAGUGACAAAGAUAUACAGCAGGACUGGCUUGUAGAACUUCUGGUUAUACAUUCUUCCCAGCUAAGCAUUCUUUGCAUAUCUAGUUUUGCUUUCAAGCAAAUUUAUUUUACUUCAUUGUGUAGUGUGUGUUUCUUUUUUGUCAGAUUUUGCAGAGUGGGUUUAGAACACACAUUUUAAACAUUAGCAUAAAUGCAUUUUUAUAACAGAAAAGGUAACUCUUUCCAAGGUAAUCCACAACUGUUGUUCAGAAAGUGUGUUCCUGCAGGCCAGCAGCCUGGAAAUAAAUAAAUAAAAUUAACGUGCACGUAGCUGUUGGAACCGUGCGGCUCAAAUAUCUGAAUUGUAACAAAGAAAAAAAUACAGAGAUAAAGCAGACAGCACAAGGAAUUAAGUAAGUUAGAGUUUAUGAUGUUAGAAAUGUUCUGUAUCUCUUGAACAGUAUUCACAUCUCAAGCACUGCAGAUCAGCCUGUGCGGUGAUCCCUGGCUCGAAUCACACCCUGCUGUGUGAGUCCUGUGUUGUGUAUUUGUGUCUGUGAGAGUUCUGAAGGUGUGUAUUUCCACAGCACCCCCUCCCCUCCCCUCCCGUGACUGGGUUUAAUAUCGUGUUGUAUAUAGAAGACUCCGUCCACCUGGACCAGGCUCGAGUCAGCUUUCUGACACCUUAGUCUGUAGAAAGCUUUUGAUUUUUUAUUUGUAUUAUUGUUUGUAAUAAUUGUGCUAAUUAAAAUGUAUUUUUAUUUCAGCUUUUUUUUGCAUGUAGUUUAAACUGCCAGCAUAUAAUGCAAUAAACUUUUUUUGGAGUA